UCGGUCUCACCCGAAGCGACGAACGAGAACUUUCGAGCGGUAGUCCGCUCAACCUAUAGUACUAUAGUACACUACAUUAUUAUUAGUACUUUGGUGAUUGAACAUACCGAUUGAGAGGACCAUUGUUCAAAGUACGUAAGUACAUCAUUUUCUGAAGCAAGUCCGCUCAAACUACCGGCUGAGCGUUCGUGCAAACCGUUGCUAAGAAUGACAUUCGAUUACGAUCGUCAUCUGUGGGACCCGGGUUAUGAGGUCAGCAACAAACACAUACGUGUGACUCUGUCGGAUGAGGGCAAAAAGAAGCAGGUCGUUUUUCAUGUGUUUCGAGAUGCAUUCAUGCUCAGUCCGGUACUUCGUGAAAACCUUCCAACGUCAAGUGACGGGCCUACCAGAGUCACUCUGUAUGAGUAUGAGGAUGACUUCCGUGCGAUGUCGCUACUUCUAUCCGGACUGGAGGACCUGGCUCAGGCAGAUAAGAAGGACGAUUUUGGCGAAAAUAGGCCCGAACUGGAUCAACUCGAAGAUUCGGAUAACAGCGACCUAAUGAGGGCGCUAGUUCUAGCCGACAAGUACGAAGUGACCAGGCUCUUCAAAACUUUCUGUCUGGUGUCAUGUCUUCGCUCCAGUCAGCUGUCGGGACAUGUUGUGAGCCGGGCACUCUGUAUGUGGGAUCCUGUCAUAGCCAAGAUCGUAAUGCUGGCUGCGACGGACCUCUCCACCGACCACCCUGCGCUUUGGGACGGAAUGUCAGUGGAAUCUUUCGGCUGGCGCCACUGGCGGACCCUGGUCAGCAUCGUUCACAAUCACCCCGAUGUCAUGACGGCGAAAGAAGACGGAGCCAUCGAUUGGCCUGCGGUGGCAGAGCACUUUCCCUGGAAGGAUAAGAAAUACUGGGAACUAGGUCCGGCUAUGCACGAUGUAGUCUACUGAUACAUGGUUGCAUUGCUCGACUAUGCACUCGCUGCUCGAAAACCAUGGUUCUGCCGGAGACAGGAGGAAGCGGGAAAGCGGUCUCUUCUCGGUGGGUGGCAAUAAGAAGCAAAACUCUUCAGCAUUGAAAGCUCGUGGGCACGGAGCACAGGCUGUCGUGGGGGUCUCGAAAGCAUAACAUAUUGGUUUUACAUUCGUCUGUGGAGUCGGAAGUCUACGGCACAAAAGCUACAUUUCCCUGCCGAGCCGACUGGGCCCUGA